ACGUGCUUUCGUUUUUUAUGGUAGUAGAUAUCGGGUGUGAAAUAUUGAGGUUAGGAAACUAAGUACACGUUUUAGUAUGUCAACCGAUAAAAAAAUAUUAGAUGUUACGAAAAAAAUAUCUGAUAUAGAAAUGGAGGAAACGGGGAAAAAAUUAACACACAAGGAAAAGAAAAAAUUAAAAAAACAGCAAGAAUAUGAGAAAACGAUGGAAAUGUUAACGAAAACUGGUGGUCAGGGUCAUAGCGAACUUGAAACAAAUUUCACUGUUUCUCAGACUCAAAGUCAACAACGAAGUAAUCAACAAUUAGAAAAUGCUGUUGAUAUUAAAGUAGAAAAUUUUAGUAUUGCUGCUAAGGGAAAAGAAUUGUUUACCAAUGCUAGCUUAUUGAUUGCACAAGGUAGACGUUAUGGAUUAGUAGGACCAAAUGGUCAUGGAAAAACUACUUUACUUCGUCAUAUUGCAAAACGAGCUUUUGCUAUUCCACCUAAUAUUGAUGUUUUAUAUUGUGAACAAGAAGUUAUUGCUGAUGAUACUCCUGCUGUAGAAGUAGUACUUAAUGCAGAUGUAAAAUGUAAAGAUUUAAUGACAGAAUGUAAAAAAUUAGAAGAAUUUGUAGAACAAGGAGAUAAUUCUGUUCAAAAUAGAUUGCAAGAGGUUUAUGAAGAAUUAAAGAUAAUUGGUGCAGAUUCUGCAGAACCACGUGCAAGAAGAAUUCUUGCUGGUCUAGGAUUUAAUCGUGCUAUGCAAGAUCGAGCAACAAAAAAUUUUUCUGGUGGUUGGCGUAUGCGUGUUUCUCUUGCUAGAGCUCUUUUCUUAGAACCAACAUUAUUAUUACUUGAUGAACCAACAAAUCAUUUAGAUUUAAAUGCUGUUAUUUGGUUAGACAAUUAUCUUCAAGCCUGGAAAAAAACUUUACUUAUUGUUUCUCAUGACCAAAGUUUUCUAGAUAAUGUAUGUACAGAUAUAAUUCAUUUAGAUCAACAAAAGUUGUUUUAUUACAAGGGAAAUUACAGUAUGUUUAAGAAAAUGUAUGAGCAAAAGAAAAAAGAAAUGAUUAAAGCAUAUGAGAAACAAGAAAAACGACUUAAAGAUAUGAAAGCUUCAGGUCAAAGUAAAAAACAAGCUGAAAAGAAACAAAAAGAAGCCUUGACUAGAAAACAAGAAAAAAAUAGAACAAAGAUGCAAAAGCAAGAAGAGGACAGUGCACCUACUGAAUUAUUACAAAAACCUAGAGAAUAUAUAGUAAAAUUUAGUUUUCCUGAUCCACCUCCAUUGCAACCACCAAUCCUUGGUCUUCAUAAUGUAAUUUUUGCUUAUGAAGGACAAAAACCAUUGUUUAUUGAUGUUGAUUUUGGCAUAGAUUUAAGUUCUAGAAUAGCUAUAGUAGGACCUAAUGGUGUUGGCAAAUCUACAUUCUUGAAAUUAUUAACAGGUGAUUUACAACCAAUAAAAGGAGAAUCCAUAAAAAAUCAUCGAUUAAGAAUAGGAAAAUUUGAUCAACAUUCUGGUGAACAUCUAACUGCUGAAGAAUCACCAGUGGAAUAUUUGAUGCGUUUAUUUGAUUUACCAUAUGAAAAAGCUAGAAAGCAAUUAGGGACAUUUGGACUUAGUUCUCAUGCUCAUACAAUUAAAAUGAAAGAUUUGUCAGGAGGUCAAAAAGCACGAGUUGCAUUAGCUGAAUUAUGUUUAAAUGCUCCUGAUGUUGUAAUUUUAGAUGAACCAACAAAUAAUUUAGACAUAGAAUCUAUUGAUGCAUUGGCUGAUGCUAUCAAUGAAUAUAAAGGAGGAGUUAUUAUUGUCUCUCAUGAUGAACGUUUAAUUAGAGACACAGAAUGUUGCUUAUAUGUAAUUGAAAACCAACAAAUUAAUGAAAUUGAUGGAGAUUUCGAUGAUUAUAGAAAAGAAUUGUUGGAAAGUUUAGGAGAAGUUGUUAAUAAUCCAAGUAUAGCUGCAAAUGCUGCUGUUUUGCAAUGAAUACUUUCUCUUUGUAGAGCGAUAAUAAUUUUUAAUGGUUCAUAAAAUUAAUCCUUUUAAAUGAAUAUUCCUUAAAUAUAUCAUUGCUUUCUC